AUGGCAGGAGGCGCCGACGCUGGAUCGCAGGGUCGCAGGACAGGACCCGGUGCGCCCGACCGCCCCCGGGAGAACGUGCUGAAGAACCUGGAUGACAAGGCUUUUGACAAGCCCAUCUGCGAGGCCCUCUUAAACCAGAAGUUUUUCAAUGGAAUUGGGAAUUACCUCCGCGCGGAGAUCCUGUACAGGUUGAAGAUCCCUCCCUUCGAAAAGGCUCGGACCGUGCUGGAGGCCUUGAAGGAUCAGGAGCAGGCGAGGAGGAAGAAGAAUCCUUCCCUGACGCUGAGCAAAAAGCUGAAGCUGAUGCGGGAGAACCCGGAUCUCCUGGAGCUGUGCCACACCGUGCCCAUGGAGGUCAUCGCGGCGGAGAAAAACCUCUUUGACCCAGAUCACUCGGAUAACUACGCCGCUUUCAAGAACUGGCUGCAGUGUUACUUGGUGCCCGGCAUGAGCUCCCUGCGCGACCGCAACGGCAGGACCAUAUGGUUCCAGGGAGAGCCUGGCCCCAUGGCUCCCAAAGGGCAGACGUCCCGCAAGAAGCGCGCUCGGCUGAAGGCAGAUCCCGAGGCUCUGACCCCCAAGGUCACCAAGCGCACCUCAAAACGGUGCUCCAGGGCUGCAGCGAAACCCCCGAAGUUGGCCGAGGAGGAGGAGGAGGUGGCUGAUGGGCUGAGGAAGGGACGUGCUCGCGGGAAGAGGAAAGCGACCGCUGCUCCAGCCUCGUCUGAGCCCGAUGCACCGGUCAAAGCCAAAAGAAGCCGCCGGACGUCUGCGCGCAGGGGCAGAGGCGCAGCCCCUGCCGUGUGAGUGCUGCACGCUGCCCUCCUCCUGAGGGGCAUUUUAACAGCCGCAGGAGGAGCUCAGGGAGGGCCUGGCCAGGGGCCUGGGUUAGUGCUGGGGAGAAAUGGGGCUGCUCUGUACCUGUGCUCGUGCCCGCUUGCUACUGCUGCAUCUGGCCGGUGUGGGAAGGAGAAGCUGGGCUUGGUGAUGGGGCUGAUUUACCCAGCGUCCGCCUGCUGUCCCCGGGCAUUUGAGGGGGGAUAAGGGCCACGGACCACACAUUGUGCUGGACCCUGACCCUUCCCUCUGCCUAAAAGUGGAUUCCCUCUUCCUUCCCCUCUUCCCUUUCUGGCUGCUGCCUGGAUCACUGUUUUUAGCUGACUAAUAAAGUAUUUUGUG